AGUUUCACGAUUUCCUUUCGCUGGUACGAGUUCGAACUUCCGUGUCUUAAUCCGACACAUACCUGUUCUCACCGUUAUUGUCCGAAACCGAGACAACACUUCACAACAAAAUCUACUGUUUUUUUUUUUUUAGAUUUUCCGAGAUGUCUCGUCUCAUUCAAAACCGCAUUAAAAACACUUUCUCACGCCUCAAGCCUUCCAUCGCUCUCUCCUCAUCUACCCUCAUCAAGAAUCUCUCCACGUCUCCAGAGCCAUCACCCGAACCACUCGACGAAUCCUCGGAGAUAUGGAACGUCAUCAUAGGCCGAGCAGGCGGCGACAGAGUCGUCAGCGAAGACGAAGUCUUCCACCGCCUCUCAAACGAUCCCUUCUGCAACAGAGUAAACCUCUCAGACACUCUACUCAACAAGCUCCUCCACAGGUUCAGAGACGACUGGAGAUCAGCUCUCGGCGUCUUGAAAUGGGCCGAGUCUCGCAAAGCCCACCACCACAAGCACUCACCCGAGGCUUACGACUUGGCGGUGGAUAUACUCGGGAAAGCCAAGAAAUGGGAUCGUAUGAAGGAGUUCGUUCAGAAGAUGAGUGAAGAUAAAGCCGUGACGUUAAACACUGUGGCCAAGAUCAUGAGGAGGUUCGCUGGAGCUGGUGAGUGGGAAGAAGCUGUUAACGUGUUUGAUAGGUUAAACGAGUUUGGAUUAGAGAAGAACACCGAGUCUAUGAACUUGCUGUUAGAUACUCUCUGUAAGGAGAAGAGAGUCGAGCGAGCUAGAUCUGUUUUAUUAGAGCUAAAGGCUCACAUUAAGCCUGAUUCUCAUACUUUUAAUAUCUUUAUUAACGGUUGGUGUAAGACCAAUAGAGUCGAGGAGGCUCUCUGGACUAUCCAAGAGAUGAGAGGUUAUGGGUUCCGUCCUUGUGUGAUUAGCUACACGACGAUUAUAAAAUGUUAUUGUUUGCAGUGUGACUUUAUUAAAGUGUAUGAGAUGUUGAGUUUGAUGGAAGCUAACGAUUCUCCUCCGAACUCUGUUACCUACACGACGAUAAUGUCUUGUCUUAAUUCGCAGAAAGAGUUUGAGGAGUCUUUGAGGGUAGCUGCGAGGAUGAAACGGUCUGGUAUUGAGGCGGAUACUCUUUUCUAUAACUGUUUGAUUCACACGCUUGCUCGAGCCGGGAGGGUGGAAGAAGCUGAGAGGGUUUUCAGAGAAGAGAUGCCUUCCGUUAACACAUCUACUUAUAACUCGAUGAUUGCUAUGUAUUGUCACCACGACGAGGAGGUUAAGGCCGUUGAGCUUCUCAGGGAGAUGGAGGGUUUGAAGGUUUGUGAGCCUGAUGUUCACACGUAUCAUCCUUUGCUGAGGUCUUGCUUUAAGAGGGGAGAUGUGGUUGAGGUUGGGAGGUUGUUGAAAGAAAUGGUGACUAAGCAUCAUUUGAGCUUGGAUGAGUCGACUUAUACUUUUUUGAUUCAGAGGUUUUGUACAGCUGAUAUGUGUGAGUGGGCGUAUUGUCUAUUUGAGGAGAUGAUUAGCCAAGAUAUCGCGCCGAGGCAUAGGACUUGUUUGUUGCUAUUGGAAGAGGUUAGGAAGAAGAAUAUGCUUGAAGCGGUUGAGAGGAUUGAGCAUGUGAUGAGGACUGUUAAACUUACUGCCCCUGUAAAGUGAGGUUAUUAUUAGUUACUACAAUGCUGAGAAGUGUUCAUUGUUCUGUUUUGUUCAACCACAUUGUUAGUGUAGAUUUCAAGUUCUUUGGUCAUGGAUAAGACUUGGUGAAAUUUGUAACUUAAUGGAGUUGAAUGAUUCAGACACAGUUUAGGCAAGUUUAGUUUGUUGUCUGCUUUGACUGAGAUCAUUGUAAGACCGUCUCAGGAUCCAGAGUUUUGCCAGGACUCAUUCACAUCAAGAGAUUAUGGGAGUGGGAUCCAAUACAAUUAAGCAUUGAGUUUAGGGACA